AACAAUGCUACAUAACUCAAGUAACUUCAUCCAGCAAAUUCUGAGACAACAAUGAAGACAAUCCACUUCAGUACCAAGACAUGUUACUUAUGGCUUUUACUUGGCCUACAUACUAUCAUUGCUUCCCUUGCUUCACCUUCAGGGACUCAUCAUAGCCAUGAAUUUGUUAUUCAAACUACACCAGUGAAGAGGCUGUGCAGAACCCAAAGAAUACUCACAGUGAAUGGGCAGUUUCCGGGCCCAACUGUGCAAGUGAGGAAUGGAGAUUCUGUUGCAAUCAAAGUUACUAAUGCUGGACCAUACAACAUUUCCAUCCACUGGCAUGGAUUAAGGAUGUUGAGAAAUCCAUGGGCAGAUGGACCCAGUUAUGUGACUCAGUGUCCCAUCCAACCAGGGGGAAGUUACACUUACCGCUUCACAAUUCAAAACCAGGAAGGAACACUUUGGUGGCAUGCUCACACUGGCUUCCUAAGAGCCACUGUCUAUGGAGCUUUCAUCAUUUAUCCAAGAUUGGGCUCUCCUUAUCCUUUCUCUAUGCCUAGGAAAGAAUAUCCAAUCCUCCUUGGGGAAUGGUUUAAUAGGGAUCCAAUGAUUAUCCUAAGGCAGACACAACUUACAGGAGCAGCUCCAAGUGUAUCAGUUGCAUACACCAUCAAUGGUCAACCUGGUGAUCUCUAUAGAUGUUCAAGACAAGGAACUGUACGUAUUCCAGUCCAAACUGGGGAGACAAUCCUCUUGAGAGUUGUCAACAGUGCACUCCAUCAAGAACUUUUCUUCUCAAUUGCCAACCACAGGAUGACUGUGGUUGGCACAGAUGCUGCAUACACCAAACCCCUCAGCACAAGAAUCCUCAUGAUAGGACCUGGCCAAACAAUCAAUGUCCUGGUCACCGCGGAUCAAACCCCCGGCCGGUACUACAUGGCAGCGCGUGCCUACCAAACCGCCAUGAAUGCAGCCUUCGACAACACCACCACCACGGCGAUUCUCGAAUACAUACCCCGCAAUAGAAAUGUCCAACCUUCAACACCCAUAUUGCCACUCUUGCCGGCUUUCAAUGACACCCCGACCGCAACAGCAUUCACAUCAGGGAUCAGAGGACUAUCCCAGAAUGUUGUCUUCAAAAAUAGUGCUGAUGUGAAUUUAUUCUUCACAGUGGGGUUAGGACUAAUCUUCUGCAGAAAUCCUAAUAGUCCAAAUUGUCAGGGACCAAAUGGAUCACGCUUCGCUGCUAGCAUCAACAACAAUUCCUUUGUGCUCCCCAGAACCACAUCCUUAAUGCAGGCCUACUACCAAGGUAUUCCUGGUAUCUUCACCACCGAUUUGCCGCCGGUUCCGCCUCUGCAAUUCAAUUAUACCGGUAACGUGCCACGCAGUCUGUGGACACCUAUUAAAGGAACUAAGCUCUUGAAGCUGAAAUAUGGUUCCAGUGUGCAGCUUGUUUUCCAGGAUACUAGCAUUGUCACAACUGAGGAUCACCCCAUGCAUAUUCAUGGGUUCCAUUUCUUUGUAGUUGGUGCAGGUUUUGGUAACUUCAAUCCAAGCACAGACCCUGCAAGGUUCAACCUUGUAGACCCUCCUGUGAAGAACACCAUUGGAACACCCCCUGGAGGAUGGGUUGCCAUUCGAUUUGUGGCUGAUAAUCCAGGAAUUUGGUUCUUGCAUUGUCACAUAGACUCACAUCUAAAUUGGGGUCUGGCAACGGCACUUUUGGUAGAGAAUGGAGUUGGUCCAUCACAGUCAGUGAUACCACCACCACCAGAUCUGCCCCAAUGUUGAGAUCAAGAAAGCAUCAAUACUUCUAAAUUUUAUGUUCCUCCAAUAUGAAUUAUUGGCUUUGUGUUUUAGGAGGUCUUUAAAUACUUGCCUAUUAGACAGUGUUUGUUUGUCAUGUUUCAAGGUCCAGAAUUGUAUGAAAGUCAAUUGAGUAGUUGUAAUAGUGUCGUCUUGAUUGUGUGUCUAAGUUUCAAGGCUAGUUCGGUGCGUUGUGCUUGACUGAUGCUAUAAAUUUAUACAAUGUAUCAUGUGUUUAUUCAUCUAUAAUUCUAUACUUUUUAUAUUU